AUGGGAUCUCUUCUUCAGUUCAACUUCUCGUCCUCUCUUCUUGCCGGGAACGCCAAUCCGGCAAUCCCUUUUGAUAACGGAUUAGCUGGUGAUGGCCACAAGGUUGCCGUUCUGUCGUCUGGCAAGACGACCACGCUCAAACCUCGGAUACGCAAGACAGAUACUUACGAGCCAGAACGCGACAACACCGAGCUGAUUAAUAUCCACCGGCUUCUCUCGAAGAUCGAGAUUGAAGAGAAAGUCGCCGAGAAGUCGUCCGAGCUUGUUCCAAAGAAACUGGAGAAUAAGUUUAAGAAGACCAGCUUUAAGCUGUGGACUGAAAAAUACCGUCCUUCAAGUUUUCUGGACCUGAUCGGAAACGAGCGAACCAACAGAAUCAUUCUGCAGUGGAUCAAUCAGUGGAACCAAGUGGUGUUCAAUAAAUCAUGCACAGAAACAGACGAUAUUUACAACAGACCAGACAAACGUAUACUUUUGAUCCAUGGUCCUCCUGGUAUCGGAAAGACCUCGAUCGCUCACGUGAUUGCAAAACAGCUCGACUAUGAGGUUCGUGAGAUCAACGCCAGUGACGAGAGAGCCGGCGUGGUUGUCCAGGACAAGAUCAAAAACGCCAUGAAGAACAACUCGUUGACUGGAAAACCCGUGUGUUUGAUCUUGGACGAGGUGGACGGAGCUACAGAGAACGGAUUCAUAAAUGUGCUGGUUGAUCUUGUGAACAAAGAUCGGCGAGACACCGCGUCGAUUGGCCUGGACGGGAGAAAGAAGCAGGAGAAGUCCAUUUUAAGAAGACCGAUCAUUGCACUUUGUAACGACGUGUAUUCGCCUGUUCUGGAGAAGCUACGGCCGCUCUGUGAUACAAUUGCGUUCCGGAAGUCGCACUCGCGUCUGAUCAAGUCCAAGCUGAAAAAGAUCUGCGAGCGAGAGAAUAUCGUCACGGAAGACCGUGUACUGGACGCGAUCAUCGAGUCAACCGAAGGAGAUUUGCGGAACUGCAUCAACUUUUUGCAAUUCAAUUCUGCUGCCACGACCCUGGAUUUGGAUUCGAGCUCAAAAGAUACACAAAUCGGGUGGUUUGUGCAGCUGGAUAAUAUCCUCAUGAGGAGCGCCAAGGUGAGCAAGCAGGAACAGUUCCGAAAAGUGUUCCAAAGUUUGUCAGCAUCUGCACAAGUUGAUCGUGUGGCGAGCGGAUGUUUUAAUGUAUUACUAGAUACAGACGCGGACGUGGAGAAAUUGAGCGAGAUUUCCGAUUGGCUCUAUUUCCAAGACGCAAUGAGUUCUAGAUUCAAUUUUUUUGAGGCCCAGGACUUGUCGUUCUACCAGUCGGUAGCACCGAUGGCCGUGUUCCAGCGGCUCAACGAGAUACGCCAUGCUUCGGAAAAGAAAUACAAUUACAGGAGCCGCGAUACGUUUUUCGAGGUGAAAAAACAAACUACGGAGGUGUUGCAACGGCUGAAGCACAACAAUUCGCUAUCAAAUCGGUGGCGGUUUGCAAACCGGGAACAGCUUGUUGGGUACGAGCUGCCUCUGUUGAAUACCAUUCUGGUGCCGGACGUGAGUUUUCGCCAAAUCGAGAUGGUUGGGGCGGGCACCAAGCUGAAAAGAAUUACAGAGCUUAUUAGAGCUUAUUCGCUACGCAUCGAUGUGACUAAGAAUGAGUAUGGCAGUAUUGACGCGCACUUCCGCCCUGCCUUGAAUUUGUUUACGCGGCUAUCCAUAAAGCAGCAGCAGAUAAUGGGCCGCCUUCACAAGGAGCUGCUGGCGGAUUAUAUUCGUGAACAGGAAACUAAGCAGAUAGAGCGGAAACGAAAAGGCCCGGAUCCACUGGAUAAAAAACCCGCGAAAAAAGCUACAUUUGGUUCGAGUGUGGAGUAUUUUAAGAACAAGUGUAAAGAGUCAUCGGGCCAAUCGGACAAUAAUAAUAGUAAGCACCAGGAUGCAGGCCUAUCCGAUGACCAGAACGAGGCUCAGGCAGACUACCGCAUAUGGGUCAAGUAUCAUGAGGGAUUCUCGAACGCUGUGAGAAGGGAGAUCACCUGGAACGGUCUUUUUAUCAUAUGA